UUAGAACUGGUGACUAAAAACAGAAGGAGGAAGACCACAAGGAGUGACUAACUUUUCAUCAUGGCGGAACAAAGUGGUGGAGUAGGAAGAAAAAGUCGCGCGUUUGCCGACAAGCUAAACAAGACGUAUUCUGCGGCACAAGCCAGAGAGAUGGCCGCAUCUACGAUCGCAUUUAGCCAUGAAAGAUCGAAUAGUUUCGGUUCUCAAACCAGCAUAAAUAGCAGAGCAAGUCAAGAUACAAUACAGGGGAUGUUUAGCGGCACAAUUUCACAAACAAAGAUCGUGGACCCGCUGGACUUUGAGAAGUACAUAUUGGAAAAUCAACCGUUGGCAGACGAGAAUGAUCCCGUGAGUAAGUUAUUGGAAUUUCCUGAUGACGAUAUAGAAGUGACAACAAUUCAAAGGCAACAUCGUACCGUUCAUCCAAGCACCCCCAAGGACCCCGGAGCUGAUACUGACCCUCUUGUUGUGGAUUGUGUAAAGUUGUAUACCUCUAAUUGGCAUGUUGUCAACAGAAGGUAUCAGUUUCGCAGUAAGGAGGAAGGUAAACCCGACUCAAGAAGAAAGAUCGAUAGAACGGGAAGCUUUUUGGAAAAACUUCCGAAACAUAUUUACGAGAUCGACGAGGAAAAGGCCCGCAAAGAAUUCGAUCUGCCGGAUUCUAGUGAAACUAAAAAGACGUCACCUGCAGAUGAAUUACCAAAAGGGACACUCGCCGCCAGCAUUGUUGAUCUGCAGACGUGCUCUCCGGACGAUCUGCUGCCAGCAGUUUUAGAUCAUAUCCCGAUUGACGAGGUGGAUGGAGGCAAUUCUGACUACAGACAGUACGAGAGGAUAAAUACACUCAUGUCUGUAUGUCCUGAUGAACCGGACGACGCUACUGAAAGACGAAUUCCACCACCUAUUCCUCAAGAACAUUUUGGGCAGAGAAUCCUUGUGAAAUGUUUAGCUUUAAAGUUGGAAUUGGACAUCGAGCCAAUUUUUGCCAGCAUGGCGUUGUAUGAUGGGCGAGUAAAAAAGAAGAUAUCUGAAAAUUUUUAUUUCGAUAUGAACACGGACGAAUAUAAGAAAAUGCUCGGCAAAUACAACCAUAAAAUUGAUAUAUCAACACUCAGCCGUGCCGCAAUCUUCUCCGUGACCUAUCCUUCAACUGAUGUUUUUCUUGUCAUAAAACUCGAGAAAGUCUUUCAGCAAGGCGAUAUUGCUGAACCAUAUAUCAGAGAAACAGACCAAUCAAAGAACAAAGAGAAGCUAACUAGUGCCGCAAAAGAAAACUGUAAACGCCUUGGUAAAUACAGGAUGCCAUUCGCGUGGACGGCUAUUCAUUUGAUUGAUAUCAUCAAUGGCGCAUCCCAUACUGAUCUUGGAACGAUGACCGAGAAAGAUGCUUCGGUGUCGUCAUCUUCUCAAAGAAAGAACAGUCCUCCAGAAUCACCCGCUACUCCAACAUAUCUGAAGAAAGAAAAGACUGAUUCCUUACCUCGGAGAUCAAAUUCUCUGAGUAAUCAACGUCGUUCAGUGUAUGGUGACCUCGAUGAGAGUCCGUCCGAUUUAUCCAUUUUCAGACCCGUUACCUUAACAGUGAAGAGUUUCUUCAAACAGGAAUCGGACAAAUUGAAGGAUGACGAUCUUUUCAAAUUUCUGGCGGAUUUACGACGCCCUUCCUCGUUGCUGAAACGCCUGAAAUGUAUACCAGGAGUUUUGAAGCUAGAUAUUUCUCCCCCUGGUGAAAAACCACCUUACUGCUUGACAUCCGAACUUCAGCAGGUACAUCCUUAUCAAGAUGGACAGGUGCGACCGGUCAAAGAAGCUGAAGAGUUCGUUCCCAAAGAAGUAUAUGUUCCCUACAGCACAUACAAGAAUCUUCUCUUCGUUUAUCCGAUGAACGUGAAUUUUUCAAGUCGAUCAGGAUCUGUGCGUAACAUUGCUGUAAAGGUUCAGUUCCUCUCAGGAGAGAAUCCAAAAACUGCACCACUCGAGUGUUUGUUUGGUAAAUCCAGUUGUGCAUCUUUCUCUAAGGCAGCUUGGACAUCCAUAACAUACCACGACAAAGCGCCAGACUUCAACGAAGAAAUCAAGAUAAAACUUCCGGCUCAUUUGACCGAGCAACACCACUUGUUGUUUACGUUUUAUCACAUCAGCUGCUCCGUGAAAAAAGGUGAUGAUCACAGUCCCACAGAAGUACCAAUAGGUUAUACCUGGUUGCCGAUGUUGAAGGACGGUCAACUAGUUUUGGGUGAAUUCGAUCUCCCAGUGUGUAUGGAACAAUUGCCAAAUAGUUACAGCAUGCUUUCACCAGAGAUAAACCUUCCAAGUCUGAAAUGGGUCGACGGUCACAGAGGUGUUUUCAACGUUGCAGUUCGAGCUAUCUCUUCUGUCCAUUCUCGGGAUGUGUGCAUUCAUCGAUUCCUAAAGAACUGUCAUCAGGUCGAGAACAGACAUCUCCCUGUGUCCCCCAGUCGAUCGAACGAUUGCAACCUCGAGACGGGUCUUAAAAAGAGUGUUUCUGAUUUACGACAAGCUCAACCUGAACCCCUGGUGCGAUUUCUUCCCAUCAUUCUGGAGAAGCUCAUUAUGUUGCUUGUUAGACCUCCUGUUGUCUCCGGUCACGUGGUGAACAUUGGCCAAUCAGCGUUCCAAUCUUUGGCUAAGAUAGUUGAACGAGUUCACGAACUUCUUAAAGAUAAUGUUGACAACCAUGGUCGCAGUAAUUUGUUGUUGUCUUUCGUAACGUAUGUCUUCAAUGCUCCGUUUUCGGUCUCACCUGCGAACUCUUUUGCUGACUUGUACAAAGAUGAACGUCCUAUUAGCAUGCACGUGACACGUGAAGAACUUUUACAAAGCAAGGUCCACAGCAGCAGCAAUCCCUCGUUAAAUGCUCCGUCCGAUUCGCUCUCACCAUCUCGGAGCUUGGGAAAGAGGUAUGAAAGGGAGGACUGGGAGCUGGAACAGAUCAGUAAGGUCCCAGGGAACAGGAGUAGUAUGGCGGAAGCUAAAGCAGGUCAUAUGAGACUGCCUAUUUCACCUGCACAUAAAAAGCUUGUUCACGAAGAGAUCGCCUUACAAUGGGCUGUUGCUACUGGUGAAAUAAGACACAUGACUCUUGCACAUGCAUGGUUUUUCUUCGAGUUGAUGGUGAAAAGUAUGGCCCAGUAUCUGGACAAUAUUGACAAGUUCUACUAUCCAAGAAGCUCUCGCUUUCCAGAACAGUUUAUGGAUGACGUCAGAGCGCUAGUGGGCAUGGCAACGUCAGAAAUUAUCGAGCAAUUUAGCCAGGAUGCCUCCUUGGCUAAAGAUUUAAAUUCCUAUUUGUCCUUCUUCUUCUACGAUAUCUUGUCUCUGAUGGACCGUGGUUAUGUUUUAAAACUCUUCAUGCAUUAUUAUACUGAGAUAAUGUCAGCGACGGUACAAAAACCAGGACUAGCUGAGCUUCGUCUUAAUUCUUUACGUAUUGUUUGUAGCCACGAGCAUUACGUCACCUUAAAUCUUCCCUUCAAAAUGCCAUUAUUCCCAUCACCUCAAAUCUCGCCUUCCCCAUCCAUGGCAUCUAUCGAGUCCAGUGCGUCUUCGAUGAUGACGUCUUCAAUGCCGCCCAGUAUGGCCGAGCUCUCGGUCAGUUUCCGCCGGCAGCAUUACUUGUCUGGAUUACUGUUGUCUGAACUGUCGCUGGCAUUGGAUGGAAGUGACACGGCUAUACAAGACCAAGCAAUCGACUGUAUUACAGACUUAAUACAGUGCCACGAUUCGGACACAAGAUAUGAUGAACCAUCGUGCAGGGCAAGGGUAGCUUCGCUUUAUCUUCCUCUCCUGGGAGUAGUCACCGAGAACUUUUCCUUGCUUCACGGUGCUCCCAUUGACGACGACCAUGGUGGAUUAAAUAUUUCUGUUGCAAAUGCAAUAGCUACCUCGUCCCUCACGUCACGAUGGGUACCAAACAACGAUGAUAUUGGCAGGGAUUAUUCGGCUCAGAAAUCUCAAGCGCCUAGUCUGACUCCAGAUUCCACGCGUCGUCUGUUAUUGUGCUUCCUUUGGGUGAUCAAGAACGAGGAUUCCAACGUUUUAAAAGAAUGGUGGGCAAGGCAACCUUCAUCGACAAUAUGCAGAUUACUGGACGUUUUAGAUUUAUGUACAACAAUAUUCAAAUAUAAUGAGAUACAAACAUCGGAAACAAAAGCAACAGCAGUUCCUUCCAAGCCAGACAGUUCAUCAGCAAAAGCUAAACUGGAAGAAGCUAUUCUCGCGAAAGGAGCUGCACGGGAGAUGAUGGCUCGUCAUAGAGAAAGCAGAUUUUUAGUAGACAAAGUCAGUGGUAUUUCUGCAACGGGCGAGGCCAAAUUACGUUGGCAAAAAGAUAAGACUCAAUACAAACAAGCCAAGCAGCAGGAAAGGCAUGAUCCCGAUAUAGAACUGAAGACGAAAUUCUUUGGCUGUAUGUCUGGAGAAAUCGCCAUGAUUAUUUUAGACACCUUGGAAAAUAUAGUCGAGACUUCAAUCUCAUCAGAUCAUUCUCAUACUAUCCUAAGUGGUGUUCUGAAGGUAUUGCUCCAUUGUUUGAACUGUUACCAAAGCGAACGUGUAUUACAGAGCAUGUUCCCAACACAGCGUUCAAUUGUCGCCAAGUAUCCUGAACUGUUGUUUGAAGAUGACACGGAGUUGAUAGCAGACUUGUGUUCUCGUUUGCUUCAUCACUGCAGUUCUUCACAGGCCAGCAUACGAACUCAAGCAAGUGCUUCAUUGUAUUUACUUAUGAGACAGAAUUACCAAAUCGGAAAUAACUUCUCCCGUGUAAAAAUGCAAGUGACUUUGUCGUUGUCGUCUCUUGUUGGAACCCCUCAGUAUGUGAAUGGUGACCAUCUUAAACGAUCAUUGAAGACUGUCAUAACCUACGCUGAAACUGACCAUGAACUGAAGAACACCAAUUUCCCGGAGCAGGUUCGUGAAUUGGUGUUUAAUCUGCACAUGAUUUUAACAAACACGGUGAAAAUGCACGAGUUCAAUGAGGACCCGGAAAUGUUGAUUGACCUCAUGUACAGAAUUGCUAAAGGGUAUCAAAAUUCACCUGAUUUGCGAUUGACUUGGCUUCAGAAUAUGGCUGCCCAGCACACGAAGCUGAGCAACCACUUGGAGGCAGCCAUGUGUGUGAUACAUGCAGCUGCGUUGGUCGCAGAAUAUUUAUAUCUGGUGGAGGACCAACCCCAUCUUCCCAUUGGCUGUGUCAGCUUUGAAAAGAUUUCUCCAAAUGUUCUUGAAGAAAGUGCAAUAUCCGAUGAUAUAGUAGCUCCUGAUCAAGAAGGUAUCUGUACAGGAAAGUACUUCUCAGAGAAUGGUCUUCUUGGUCUCCUCGAGCAAGCUGCUGCCGGCUUUAGCUUGGCUCACACGUACGAAUGCGUUAAUGAAGUCUACAAAAUUUCCCUUCCAAUUUACGAAGUAGCUCGGAAUUUUAAAAAGUUAUAUGAACUACAUGGGAAGUUGUCCAGUGCUUUUGACAAUAUUAUUAAGAAUGAAGGGAAAAGAAUGAUGGGAACGUAUUUUCGAGUCGGAUUCUUUGGUGAAAAGUUUGGUGAUUUAGACGGUGAAGAAUUUAUUUACAAAGAGCCAGCAAUUACUAAAUUGCCCGAAAUUUCCCUUCGAUUACAGAGUUUUUACAAGGAUCGUUUCGGUGAAGAUGCUGUUGAAGUGAUCAAGGACUCCAACGCCGUUGACACUUCAAAACUUGAUCCCGAGAAAGCUUAUAUACAGCUUACAUAUGUGGAGCCUUACUUCGCUGAAUAUGAAAUGAAGGAUCGUAGGACAUACUUCGACAAGAAUUAUAACAUACGACGGUUUGUUUUUGCGACACCUUUCACACCCAGCGGCCAAGCUCACGCCGACAGUUUGGUGAAUCAGUAUAAACGUAAAACAAUCCUAACUGUCUCUCAUGCUUUUCCCUAUUUGAAGACGAGAGUAAAUGUCAUAGACAAGGAGGAGAUCACGCUGACACCCAUUCAAGUAGCAAUUGAGGAUAUUCAAAAAAAGAUCAAAGAAUUAAAAGCUGCUGUUUUACAAGAACCUCCCGAUAAGAAAAUCCUUCAAAUGGUUCUACAAGGCUGUGUUGGAACUGCUGUUAACCAGGGCCCACUGGCGAUGGCUUUAGCUUUCUUGUCAGAUUUCAAUGAGGAUAAUAAUAAAAAAAGUGAUGAGAAAUCUUUGAAUAUAAGCCGGGAUCAUCAUAAGUUACGUCUGUGCUUCAAAGCAUUUGUCAAAUGCUGCGGGGAAGCGCUGAAAAAGAACAAAGAAUUGAUAACAGAGGAACAAAAAGAAUAUCAGAAAGAACUGCGGAAGAAUUAUAAAGCUUUGCAGGAACAACUUAAUCCUUUGUUGAAAAAUAGAUUUGGAACUUUGCGUGGCUCCGUGGGAAUGAGAAAAAAGGAAUCAUUAGCUUUGCGGAAGUUAUCAAUGGGGCUCUCAGUACCAGGUAUUUCAAAGGCGUAAGCAAGGGUUUGCACAACCAGCCGCAGAGUGUGCGUAAAACCGCAAUUUAUUCACUUGUUUUUCAUACCUCGAUGAAAUAUCUGAUUAUAUCGCAUGUGAAAAUAGUUAUCUUAUUUCGAUCUGCUCUGAUGAAAAAUGGGAAAUGGGAUCAGAGUAACUGUAACAGAGGAAAAAAGAACUCGUGGUUCCCAUGCAGAUAUAGGAACUUGGACAGUUCGUAUAUAGCCUGAGGGACUAUACUUAUAGUUACUUGCAAUCUAAGCAUUGUGUUCUGAGGUUGGAAAGAUAAAAUCAAUUCCUUUUUUUGGCAACACCUUGCUCAGGCAAUUAACUCACAGAAUCACAAAUCCACGUGACAAAGUUCGUGACUCCGAAAGCCAUUGUGAGAAAAAAUAAAUAAAAUACAUUAUAGAUUUUUAUGCUGUAAAUAAAUUUCCCGUUGAAUGGAUCAAAUUGCUUUUUUAAUACAGAAGGAUUGGGGUUUAAAUUGCGUGC